UAAUAUUGCUCACUAUCUGAAAAUUUAUGUUAACUCAAAGUCACUACUCUUGAUUUCCUCAGACCAGUAAAAUUAUUUCAAUGCUAUUUAAUGAUUAAUAAAGUAAUUAUGAAAAUGUACCGCCAGGAGGCUAGUUUACCUUCACCAAAUCGAUGCUCUCACAUGUUGAAAAUAAAAUAAAUAUUCUCUGAAUUAUGUUCUACACCGGUAAAAACAAGGGGGAAAAAAACAAUCUUAUUCUUUAUUAUUUCCCAUGAUGCACUUGGUAGAAGGACGUUAUUUGACCUGAAUCAGUUACACAGGUACACUGAGGUUUAGCGCAGUUAUUUCUACCAACAAGACGGGAACAGCUGCUGCCAUCUAUAAACACCAUAAAGUACAUAUGAAGGCUAAAAUGCUGCCGGACACCUACGGGUGCGUCGUGGCGAACAGGUUCGGUGAUCUUCUAGAUGACGAUGCCGAUCCUUUUGACCUGAUCAACCAAGUGGAAACGGAGAAGGAGAAAAAGAAGAAGAAGAAAAAGGAAGAGGAUGAGAAGAAGGCCAAGCUGAAAAAACCUGGCCAAAAGGAGUCCCAGAAGGACAGACGCGCCCCAAUCGCUUUGGACGGUCAAGACCCGGUUCCGGUCCGCAAGCAGCAGCAGGCACGUCCUGCACCAGUGACUGAGAGUGGAGAUGGAGAAGAAGCCCAGAGGGGCAUGAAGAGAGCUGCUGCUGCUGCUGCCAGGCAGCGUAGGGCCAACCAGGAUGAACACCCACAAGAGUUUUCCAUCUCUAGGCCCUCUGAGAAUAUUGACUCUGACCUCAAGGGCAGAGGGGGUGUCAAAGGCAGGAGAGGAGCAAAGGGUGGAGGAUAUACAAGGAACACUGACAACUUCAAUCAGAGAGGCAAGAGAGAAUUUGAUCGACAUAACGGAACAGGUAUCUCUCCUGAGGAAAAGAGAGGAGGUAGGGGAGCCUGGAAUUGGGGCAGUGUUGAAGAAGCUUCAAAUGACUUGAUGGAGCUGACACCUGAUGCUCCAGUCAAGUCAGAGGAGCCCCAAAUACCAGUGGAAGACGAGAAUCUGAAUCGAGCAAUGGAUGACGAGGAUGGAGAGAUGGUGGUCCAGGUUGCCAUGGAGAUGACCCUGGAUGAGUGGAAGGCCCUGCAGGAGUCCAGUCGUCCCAAAGCAGACUUUAAUAUCCGCAAAGCAGAGGACAAGAUUCCCUCCAAAGCCAAGGUCAUCCACCAGUCAAAGCACAUGGAGACCUUCAAGGCCACUAUGGAGGACUUGGAGGAAGAAGGAAACUUUCUCCGCAAAUCUGUGAACGACAUCACCUCCCUUUUGGACAUCAAUUUUGGGAGUCUUGGACGCCCCGGUCGUGGGGGCCGAGGAAGGGCAGCACGAGGUGGUCGAAGUGGUCGUCCAGAGAGAGCUAGUCCCAUACUGGAGAAGGAGGAUGGUCUGGCACCUAACCCUGAUGACCCAGAAGACUUCCCAGCUCUAGCAACAGGAAGAUAAUUGAUUUUUUUUUUUCUCUUCAUUUACCUCGUUACAAAACAAUUUUCAUGUUUCUGCUAUUCUUUGGGUUUUGGGUUCUAUUGCACUGAAUGCACUGUUCAAUAAAUGCCUUUGCAAGUUU